AACGACGAACGUCGUGUCGACAGACACCGAUUCAAAAGUUUCUAAGAUAGGUGACGACGAUACGGUUCGAACUGCAGCGACGAAGAGGCCGAGAAAGUAACCGCAAACACUAAGAGCUGCUUCUAGAAAAGUCAAUACUUACAUUUUGAGCCGGUUCAGCCACCCAAAAGAUGGUCAACGUUCUCACAAUUGCUUUGGGGGUUCUCGCUGCCCCCGCAGCUCUCGCUUUCAUUCCUGUUCGAUCGGCAGUAUCGCCAGCAAAAAGCAACCAAGGGAUGUUCCAGUUGCAAUCUUCUACGGACGAGGAUUCUGUUGGAAACGUUCACGGCCAAAAGUCUUGUUUCUUACCGUUAAAACAACUCGAUCAAGAUUACUACGCUCCUCGAAUCGUACAGGUAAGGUAUCUCGUCGAAGAUCGAUACUUCGUUGUACACUUUUCUGAGUAUGCCUGAAGUCGACUUAAACCAUCUAAUUAGAUUUUUUCUUCCAAAAGAUUGCUGGCGCUUACCCCGGAUUGAGCAGAACAGACUACGAUGCCGUGACCUCAGAGGGUACUCCGGAACCGGGGCAAUGGUCUUAUGAUUUCAGUGAUCCCGACGGACCGCAACUCGGAACGGUUGCGAUAGAGAGUAGUAAUGUUGUGGCUUGCUGUGAGGACCCCGUUGUUAUUAUUGCAGAGCACACGGCGCUCAAUGUUCCGCUACCCGAAGUUUUGAAAGACCCGGUCGACAUUGUUGUUCUAGUAGACAGAGCAGCAAAACGAUUUGCCGAGAGAAGAUUUCUUGUACUUGAUGUGCCAGGGAAAGGGUUGGUAAUUGGUGCAUUCCCAACUAAACAGGAGCUUCCCCAGGAAGCUGAGAUCAUAGGACAGGUCGUUCUUUGCCAGGUGCCAUGGCUCCCGUGUAUGAAACCUACCAAAACGGGAUUCCUAGAAGCGGAUGAGUAUUUCUAAAUGCUAUAGUUCGAGAAACCCAAUCCACUCUCAAUUACUCGCUAUUUUCACGUGUACUUUCGUCGCUCAUAUUAUUAUGCCCGUCAUAAUGUAAGGCGGGAGUGACAUACGGAGAUAUGUCAAAGUGACCUCUUGUCAGAAGGACCUUGCGCUUGAGGAAUGCUUUCAAUCGCAUUGUCAACAUCGCUUGUAGAGCUAGUACUCGUAUGCAUUAGAGAAAGAGUAGGAAACAAUGGAAGUAUGAGUCAGUAGAUAAAUCUCCGAACUGCAGUUUUUAUAUUUAGAAGACGAUAGAAUCCAUUGCUGAACUGUUUCCUUCGUUCAAAUUCCAUGGUAAUGAACACUUUUGUGAUUCUGAAAUACUGAAAUAUUUGAGAACAAAAAUCAUCAUGAUAA